UCAAUCUGCUACUUGAUCGUUCUUAAAUUAAACAUGUAGUUGCCACUUAAUCAAUCAAAAUUGACCGUGUUGAGAUGUAGUUUAAUACUGCACGUGAGACCCCGUCCGAUUGUGCAUUCCAAAAUAAUCCAUCCAAAAAUCUCAAGAAUUAUACAUAAUGGCAGCUUCAGCUCAAAAAUUGAGAGAAAUAAACUUUUUGAAAGAUGAACCCAAGAAAAAUAAAGAGUUUGCUGAUAAUACUGUGACCACCUCAAAGUACACGCUGAUAACAUUUUUACCCAGAAAUCUAUUUUUCCAAUUUCGACGCAUGGUUAAUUUUUUCUUUCUCUGCUUGAUUAUUAUUCAGGUCUCGAUAGAUAUUCCCGUGGAACCUAUUCCAUACAUUGCAGCCUUUGUGUUCGUGAUUGGAAUCACUGCAACGAAACAAGGAUACGAAGAUUGGAUGAGACAUAGGGCAGAUGCUAGCAUUAAUUUUGCCGUAGUCCACAUAGUCGACGAAAAUGGAAACGUUAUUAAAUUGAACGCGAAAGACAUUCGGGUUGGCCAACUGGUGAAAUUGGAAGGGGAUGAGGCUGUACCCUGUGACCUGUUGCUUAUUGCGUGUGAAUCCACCUCUGGCCAGUCCCAAUCUUUUUGUCAGAUAAGAUCAGAUAACCUUGAUGGGGAAUCCAAUUUAAAAAUGCGAUUCUGUUCACCUGGAUUAGAUUUAAUUUUGGAGGAUAAUCGCGUCAUCUCAGAUAAACUCAAGAAAUAUUUUUUCCAAUAUGAACAACCAAAUUCGGAUUUAUACAGUUUUAACGGGCAAAUAACAUCACCUACUUUUGAUAAACCGGUGCAGAUUACAAUGGAAAAUGUACUUCUAAGAGGAACCAGGGUUAAAAAUUGUCGAAGCGUUUAUGCUGUUGCAAUCUACACGGGAAGAGAUACUCGACUCUCAAUGAAUUCUAGCAAAGUGAAAACCUCUAAAUUCUCAACUAUUGAGCACUCAAUGAACAAAAUUGUGAUUGGGAUGUUCAUUGGUCUUCUAACCUUGUCGUCAAUAUCGUUGGGACUCAGUUUCGUGUAUAAAGACAACAAGUUUGGAGGAAUGUGGUAUCUACCAAAAAACGAUGAUAGCGAUUCCAAGCAUGGGAUCACCAUUUUUUUCGCUUACUGUGUGCUCCUGUGCUAUAUGAUUCCCGUCUCUUUGAGUGUUUCGUUCGAGGUACAAAAGUUGGGUUGCAGCAAAUUUUUUGGGUGGGACCAAGAAAUGAUUUGUCCUGACACUGGGGCACAACCAAUUUGUAAUACGUCUGAUUUGAAUGAAGAACUUGGGCAAAUUGAGUAUUUAUUCAGUGACAAGACGGGGACGCUGACUGAUAACGACCUGGUUUUCCGAUGCUGUUCAAUCAAUGGAGUUAAGUACGAAUACAGCGAAUCCAGCAAGUUGAAACAAAUCAAUGAAAAUGAAACUCUAGACCAAGAGCAUGAAAAAUUGUACAAUGCAUUUCUCGAGACGCUAGCAGUUUGUCACACGCUGCGAGUUUUGCCACGUGAUAGUGAUAAUUUUGGAAAUGACGAUAAUGGACAACUUGUAUAUCAAACUAGUAGUUUAGACGAGGAGAUUCUAGUAAAGAUGGCACACUCAUUGAAUGUUCAAUUUCUUGGGGGCCAAGACAAAAAUUUUACUCUGAAAAAAUUUGGUAAUGUUAAAGAAAUGAAGACUUUGGCGAUACUUGAAUUUGACUCUGACAGAAAAUGCAUGUCUACAAUAAUUCAAGACGAGCUUGGGACAUGUUACAUGUUCUCAAAAGGGGCAGAAUCAUCAAUUCUUCCAAAAUGUACCAAAAGUUCCCAGACCCUUAUUGAUCUUACUGCCAACCAUGUCACAGAUUUUGCAAAGAUGGGAUAUCGUACACUUGUAGUGGCGUUCAAAAAGUUGGAGAGGCCUGAAGUAGACACAUUCCUUCAGAAAUAUGAGGAAUAUAGAAGCUCCCCUGAAUACUUAAACAAAUUGUACGUUCAAAUGGAGCAAGAUUUGCACUUGCUAGGAUGUACUGGGGUUGAAGAUAAGCUGCAACCUGGAGUUCCCGAAACCUUAUACUCUUUAAAAGAAGCUGGCAUAAAAAUACUCAUGUUGACUGGGGAUAAACUUGAAACUGCAAUCAGUGUGGGAUCAACUUGUGGCAUUAUUUCAUCAUCGCAUGAAUCAAAGGAAAAUGCGGAUAAAAUUUUUAUUGUGGAACAAAUGCACGAAAACGCAAUACUCGAGAAGCGUCUGCAUGAAUUCACACAAUUAUCCGCGGAAUCAUCAUCCGUUCUAGUCAUGGAUGGACAAAGUUUCGCACUGGCUUUGGAAUGCUGCAAGGACCUCGUUCGUAGAAUUAUUAUUGAAGCCAAGUCCGUAAUAUUCUGCAGAAUGGCGCCUCUCCAGAAAAGUCAAGUUGUUCAUCUCGUUAAGAAUAAUCCGAAAAAGCAGUACAAAACUUGUGCAGUGGGGGACGGCGGCAAUGACUGCGCAAUGUUAAGGGAGGCGCAUUUGGGAAUAGGCAUAAUUGGCAAAGAGGGUCUCCAAGCUGCAAGAGAAUCCGAUUUUGCCGUGCCGAGGUUCAGGUUCCUGCAGAAAGCUAUUUUGGUACACGGGUCUUGGUACUACCAUCGGCUCUCUGCACUGAUCACAUACUUUUUCUAUCGAGGGGUUGUAUUUAUCUUCCAAAUUUUCUUGUAUGGAUUUGACACGGGCUUCUCUGCACAGACUAUAUUCGACUCCACGUUUGUCAUGAUGUUUACCAUCGCAUUUACAUCGAUCCCAGUGGUCGUUCAAGGUCUAGUUGAUCAGCAGUACUCCAAAGAAGAAUUGCUGAACUCUCCGCGGCUUUACAGAGAAAUUACGAGAAAUGCGCACAUGUCCUUAAAGAACGUUUCAAGGUGGUAUUUGAUCGGAAUAUGGCACAUAUUGAUUUGCUACUACGUUCCAAGAUACGUUUGGAUUGAUGGAUCGUCACUUAAUGAUUAUGGAUCGUUUAGCUUGUUCAUUAGCAGCAUAAUUGUUAUUAUAACUGACACUAAGGUUUUGGUGGAAGGACGAUAUUUUACGUGGCCCACUUUGUGUGCUCAAGUAUUUUCAUAUACAACUUUGAUAGGUUUCUACAUGCUCCUGUGUCAUGCAAUGUCAAACGGUAAAGGACUUUUGGCAUUCUCGUUCAUCCCUCUCUUGCAACAAGUGAAUUUUUGGUUCACGGCGAUGCUAAUACUUGUACUGAGCAUUGUUCCGGAUCUCACCUACUUUACGGGACGUCUAAUGUUUUUUGGCUAUUAAAUAUUUAUUAAAAAAUAAAUCACGGAAAGAAGUCUGCCACAGACUUUAUUUGUGAUGUUUAAAGUAUAUGUUUUAUGAUGACAGAAAUAAACUAGCCUUGAAAUUAAUCCAAUUUUAA